AUGGCAUGGCGACACGAGAACGAAUUGCUUCAUGUAGAGGCAGAGUCUGCAGCUCGUGCCCAGGUAGAGCAGGAGAACGCAGACCUCAUCCGUGAACAGAUCCGCCUUGAAGCAGCAGAACACAGACAGACGGUCCUGGAGUCUAUCAGGUAAGAUGGGAAGGUUCAAAAUGGUUCUACACUCCACAGCAGUGUGUCCCAGUAUUGGGUCGGGACCCACUGGCGGGUUGCUCUUGCAGUCACUUUCUACAGGUUCACAGCUUGAGACUGGGCUGUGGAAGACAGUAUGUUGCAAAGAGGUCUAUACAUUACAGUUUUUAAUCACAUCUCAUCUCAUUAUAUAAUACAUUUCAUUUGAUCAGCCAGUAUUCUGCUAUGUUUGGAUAAGAACCCAAGAAUGCUGUGAAUGUUUGACGGUCAUAAUGGGAGCAGUCACCGUAAUAAUGACGUUUUUGUUUCUGUCAGGACAGCAGGAGCAGUGUUCGGGGAAGGGUUCCAUGCCUUUGUGUCCGACUGGGAUAAACUGACUGGCACUGUAAAAAGUCUCCCCCUUACUACCAAUCUGCUAUCACACUUCACCUUUCAACCUGUGAUAUAGCUUGAAUUUUACAUUGUGGUUGCUUACCUUAUCUGAGUCAUUGGCACACACUGUUGGUGAAUGCCCUGCAGGUGGCUGGGUUAAAUGAUAUGCAAUGUCUAAAUCUGGCUUCUCUACGCCCUCUGCAUGAUGAAUCAUUAAUGCUCAGGGUGGGGACAGACCAUCUCAGUAUGGAACGCAGUUCACAAUGCAUGUAGACCCAUCAUCUCAUGGGAACUUUUUUCUUGUGACAGGUAGGCCUACAUUUGCUGCAGGAUAGCCUAUGCUACAGUAAAAACUCAGCAAAAAAAGAAACGUCCUCUCACUGUCAACUGCGUUUAUUUUCAGCCAACUUAAAAUGUGUAAAUAUUUGUAUGAACAUAACAAGACUCAACAACAUAAACUGAACAAGUUCCACAGACAUGUGACUAACAGAAAUGGAAUAAUGUGUCCCUGAACAAAGGGGGGGUCAAAAUCAAAAGUAACAGUCAGUAUCUGGUGUGGCCACCCGCUGCAUUAAGUACUGCAGUGCAUCUCAUCCUCAUGGACUGCACCAGAUUUGCCAGUUCUUGCUGUGACAUGUUACCCCACUCUUCCACCAAGGCACCUGCAAGUUCCCAGACAUUUCUGGGGGGAAUGGCCCUAGCCCUCACCCUCCAAUCCAACAGGUCCCAGACGUGCUCAAUGGGAUUGAGAUCUGUGCUCUUCGCUGGCAAUGGCAGAACACUGACAUUCCUGUCUUGCAGGAAAUCACGCACAGAACGAGCAUGUAUGGCUGGUGGCAUUGUCAUGCUAGAGGGUCAUGUCAGGAUGAUCCUGCAGGAAGGAUACCACAUGAGGGAGGAGGAUGUCUUCCUUGUAAUGCACAGCGUUGAGAUUGCCGGCAAUGACAACAAGCUCAGUCCGAUGAUGCUGUGACACACCGCCCCAGACCAUGACGGACCCUCCACCUCCAAAUCGAUCCCCCUCCAGAGUACAGGCCUCGGUGUAACGCUCAUUCCUUCAACGAUAAACGUGAAUCCGACCAUCACCCCUGGUGAGACAAAACCGCAACUCGUCAGUGAAGAGCAAUUUUUGCCAGUCCUGUCUGGUCCAGCGACGGUGGGUUUGUGCCCAUAGGCGACGUUGUUGCUGGUGAUGUCUGGUGAGGACCUGCCUUACAACAGGCCUACAAGCCCUCAGUCCAGCCUCUCUCAGCCUAUUGCGGACAGUCUGAGCACUGAUGGAGGGAUUGUGUGUUCUUGGUGUAACUCGGGCAGUUGUUGUUGCCAUCCUGUACCUGUCCCGCAGGUGUGAUGUUCGGAUGUACCGAUCCUGUGCAGGUGUUGUUACACGUGGUCUGCCAUUGCGAGGACGAUCAGCUGUCUGUCCUGUCUCCCUGUAGCGCUGUCUUAGGCGUCUUACAGUACAGACAUUUAAAUGUAUUGCCCUGGCCACAUCUGCAGUCCUCAUGUCUCCUUGCAGCAUGCGUUAGGCACGUUCACGCAGAUGAGCAGGGACCCAUGGCAUCUUUAUUUUUGUCUUUUUCAGAGUCAGUAGAAAGGCAUUUUUAGUGUCAUAAGGUUUCAUAACUGUGAUCUUAAUUGUAAGCUGUUAGUGUCUUAACGACCGUUCCACAGGUGCGUGUUCAUUAAUUGUUUAUGGUUCAUUGAACAAGCAUGGGAAACAGUGUUUAAACCCUUUACAAUGAAGAUCUGUGAAGUUAUUUGGAUUUUUACUAAUUAUCUUUGAAAGACAGGGUCCUGAAAAAGGUAUGUUUCUUUUUUUGCUGAGUUUAUAAAAAUCGAAUGUGCGUCUAAUUUACCCAUCUCCAUCUGUCUUUCUGGGGUCACUUUUAAAACGGCCUAUCACUCAAUGUCAAAUCAGAGCCAUAUGUAAAGCUCUAUGGGUGUGAAAUUAUGUAGACAAUUUAAAUUAAUAGAACCUACAAUCUAUCUGCAAUACAUUUUAGUCAUUUAGCAGACGCUCUUAUUCAGAGCGACUUACAAUAUUAAAGGGGAAUGUCUAAAAUGUUCUACUUCAUAUUCAUAAUCUCCAGUACCACCACAACAUCAACAUAUGUUAAAAUUGCGCAUUUCUAUGUUUUGUAGUAAAAAAGAUAGAGGAAGAUACAGUGGGGAGAACAAGUAUUUGAUACACUGCCGAUUUUGCAGGUUUUCCUACUUACAAAGCAUGUAGAGGUCUGUAAUUUUUAUCAUAGGUACACUUCAACUGUGAGAGACGGAAUCUAAAACAAAAAUCCAGAAAAUCACAUUGUAUGAUUUUUAAGUAAUUAAUUUGCAUUUUAUUGCAUGACAUAAGUAUUUGAUCACCUACCAACCAGUAAGAAUUCCGGCUCUCACAGACCUGUUAGUUUAACCAAUUAUGAGUAGGCAUUGCCUACUAAUUGUCUACUAAUUGGUUGAUGAUGUUAUUGGAAACACUUAUCUUCCUCUAUCUUUUUUACAUUUUAGUCAUUUAGCAGACGCUCUUAUCCAGAGCGACUUACAGGAGCAAUUAGGGUUAAGUGCCUUGCUCAAGGGCACAUCGACAGAUUUUUCACCUAGUCGGCUUGGGGAUUAGAACCAGCGACCUUUCGGUUACUGGCACAACGCUCUUAACCACUAAGCUACCUGCCGCCUGAAAACAUAGAAACGCACCAUUUUCACAUAUGUUGGGGUUGAGAUGAUGAAUAUAAAGUUGGAUAUUUUUGAAAUUUCCCUUUAAAGCCCCCCCUCCCAAAAAGAAUAAUAAAUACAUACAUUUGGGACAUUUUCUUAUAAAGCAAUAGUAUUGCUAAUCUCUUUCUCUUUGAUGUUGUCUCAUCUUCUGUAGUGUCCUGCUCUUUGUAGAUGAAGCAGAUGCAUUCCUACGUAAGAGAUCCACGGUGAGUCCAGUAACGGGAAGCACAUUCUGUUUUCAGGAGUCAACAUGUCGGCUGUUUUGAUCAUAUGUCGAUGACUGUGUUGGACCUCGGAGCCACCCUUAACGCAUUCCUUUACCGCACUGGAGAGCAGAGCAACAAGUUGGUACUAACCAAAAUCAUUUUGUAAUGUAAAAAUGUAUUCAUUUCAAGUGAUUUUACACCAUUUUACAAUGGUGAUUAUAUUUUAGUUUUGAGGAAGAGUAUGAAAAGCUUGACUUGACUAAAAAGUUGUUUGAAUAAUCCUGUCUCUCUCUUCCCAGGUUUAUGCUAGUGUUGACAGAUUUGUUAUAAAGCCCGCCACCAUAGGGAGAAUGUGAGUACACCAUUCUCCACUUGUACUAGAGUGCCAUUCUCUAGAAGUGGCAUAAGGAUUCUGGUAAUGUCUACAAAUGUGCAACAUGAUAUUUAUGAUCUAGAUAUAUUUUCGACUAAGGAUUGCUCUGACAAAACAAUAGUGUGUUGAGUUGAAGGUUCAUUUCACUAAUCUAUAUCCCCCUGCAGGAGAAUGAAGUUGGCCGCGUUUGACUAUGGCCAGAAGUGUUCAGACAUUGCAAUUCGUGCAGCGGGCAUGUCGGUAAACUGGGUGUGGCCUGGCAGGUGAGUACAUGUGACCUGUUCAGUGAAGCUUCCAAACCCUUUUAUUUGGUUGAGUUGUCUUUAGAUAACAGUACAGGAUAACGGUACACAAGAUAAUGUUCAAUCCAUGUUUCCCGUCAGGCUGCUGCAUAUUCCUCAGAAGACUGGGUCUUCAAAAUGGACUGGCUUCACAUGGAAGGGAGUGCGGAAAGUGCGGGUAAGCACGAAGGGGGUGGUGUCAAAGGAGGUGGAAGCAGCGAGUGCAGUAGGAUUCACAGCGGUGCAGGAGGCUCUACCACAGGCCCUGGAUUCAGCCCCCACCAUCCAAGCGGUCCUCCCUGUCGUAGAGGCCAUCAUCUCCAGCACUCCGGCCGCAGCCACAGCUGAACCAGUGAAGGUUGAAGAGGCAGCUGCCAUUAUCGAGGAGCCAGUUACCCUAGUUAAGGAGGCAGAGGCUGCUAACCCCAUUGUCACUGAGACAGUUGCAGCUCCAGCCCUCAGAGGCAGAAGUGAAACUGAGACUGCUAUCCCAUUGGUGCAGGAGGUAGAGAUCAUCAAGAAUGUGCUAGAAGAGACUGCAGCAUAUGUUGUUCCAGAGACUAGCAGUGCCUGAGGUAAAGGAGGUCGAUGUGACAGCAGAGGUGUCUGCACCCAAGAAGAACCAGCUCCAACUACAACCACCCAAGAGUUGGAAGCCACAGGAGCAGUCAAGGAGUCAGAAGCCAUUACAGUAGAGUCAGAGACCAAGGAAGCAGAGGUCACAUCAAAUGUGGUUGCCCAGGAAUCUGAACCCACAGUCGUUGCCCAAGAGGCAGAGGCAAUAGCAACAGAUGUUGCCCCGGAGUCAGAAGCCCUUGUAGAGGCUGUUACUGAGGAGACAGUUGCUUGAGCCACAGCACCCACUGUUGCCAAGGAGAACAAGGCCACAGCAGUUCCCAUUGCCCAGGAGACUGAGGCCGCAGCAACCUACAUUGCCCAGGAGACUGAGGCUGCAGCAACCCCUGUUGUCGUGGAGAUAGAUACUGCAGCAACCCCUGUUGUCGCGGAAACAGAGGCCGCAGCAACUCCCAUUGCCCCGGAGACCUCUGAUUCCGAAACUAAGGCCGCAGCAACCCCCGCUGCCCCGGAGACUGAGGCCGCAGCAACCCAUGUAGCCAAGGAGACAGAGGCCACUACAACAAAGGUUGACACAGAAACUGCAGCUGAGGUCCCUGCAACUGUUGUGGCCAAGGAUUCUGAGGCGACUGAAACUGCAGCUGCCAAGAAGCAGUGGACCCUGAAACCUCAGGCACUCCGGAGGCAGAUGCUAGUAAAGUUGAAACGCCUCAAGCAAAGGACCAGGAAAGUGACGACGCAACCAAACCCAAAAAAAUAUUAAAUGGUGAAGCUACUGAAACACUUUGGUAGGGAGCAAGAUUAAAUAUGUUGAAGCAAAAAUAGUGUUUUGUCUUAAAAGGCUAUUGAUUAUUCUGUCUCAGUAGCUAGGUUUCCAUCCAAUUGGUGACAGAUUUUCAUGCAAAUAUUCAAAAAUCUGCAUGAAAAUAAUAUGUAAAUUUUCCCUCCAGAGGGAUGUUUCCAUCAAACUGACUUGUUGCGGAUAAAAGGCUACAUGAUGAUGUAGUGCAUAUAAAAACCACAACCACUUUUGCAAUUAAAGGGGGGCUGAACUUCCUGAUUCUGCCUCGUUUUCCGGCUUGGUCAUUAAGAAAUGCAGCGGCCAUGACUGAAGCCAAACAAGAGUUGUCUUGGUGGGGUGGUUUAAUGUGGGUGUCGUCUGUGUGUUUCCAUGAGGCAAGUGUUUGUACAUUGUCUGCCAAAACAGUACACAGUUAGUCACUCACCCUUCUAGAUAACUUGAAACGGCCUAACCAGGUCUUCUCUUGAGGCCGCCUAGGCUAGCUAGUGCUAGCUAACUUCUUUCGCCAAUUAGCUUCAGCUGGCUGGUGUGCGACCAUGGCAAAAUUGAUUUGAUGGUGGAUAGCCUAUAUCUGGGGCUAGUAAUGGACCGUUAAUAAAUUACACAAUGUAAAUGGGAGAAUAUUUUGAUGUUGCACACCUUUUAGUUCUCGUUAAAGGGAAACUUCACAAUUUUUCAACUUCAUAUUCAUCAUAUUUGUUUCAUCACAGGAGACAGUUUUAUUACUCAUCACGGUAUUAUUUACCAAAAGAUUGGCUGGACCUCUUUGAAGUCAUGUAGAUCACAUCAUUAUGCUAUUUUUGUUUACAAAGCCCUGCUCCACAAACUUCCGACUUAACAUCACUGUUAAGAUUUUAAAUGACAAGUUAUCAAACUCGGACACAAGGUUUGUUAACUCUGGAGACUCCUUUGGUGUCUCCUGGUCAAUGGGAACUGCUGUGUGAUGACAUAGUGCACAUAAAAAUACCUUUUGCAGUUCAAUUUCUAUGUACCGAAUAAAAAGUAAAUGUGUUAAAUGUGUUUCCAUUGCAUUCAACUCUACUGAUGGUUUUCUCACAAUUUUCUUUUUGUUAUAUAUGGAGUGUGCCCUCUCUGGUAUUGGCACGUGCGCUCUAGCCAACAGUUCGCAGAUACAGUGCGGGUUUAGCCUACAUGAUGAGAUUAUUAUGGACAAAAUAUUAUUUUUAUUUGUCAAAAGGCAGCCAAGCAUCGAUGAUCAUGUCACCUGUAGCUCAGUUGGUAGAGCAUGGCGUUUGCAACGCCAGGGUUGUGGGUUCGUUUCCCACGGGGGACCAGUAUGAAAAUGUAUGCACUCACUAACUGUAAGUCACUCUGGAUAAGAGCGUCUGCUAAAUGACUAAAAUGUAAAUGUAAAAUAUUUAAUAGAAAGGAGCAUCAAGCUCAUCACUUUGCACUUUCACCAUCCUGUGAAGUUCAUAACUUAUUUCAUCUGUAGCCUAAUAAACUGCAUGCUUUCCUGAUGAGUCGUAGUGGGAGGACCACACAACAUAUCACGUGACUCCAAGUUCAGUUAGAUUUAAUGGUUAUUAUAUCAAUAUUUGCACAUAAAAGUGCUUCCACCGCCAUUUCUCGCAUAAUACAUUUUACUGACACAAAAAGAUCCCACCUUGUCUAGUGUAUUUUGUUUUGUCAUCAUUUGGAAAGUUUACCGAUAGGCCUGUCAUGAUAUUUUUUAUCCAACGUACUUUAUGAGAGUAAAGGUUGGAUGGAAACCUGCUUUCUGACAUCACAAGGUAGGAUUAAAAGUAAGAAAAACUGAUUUUGAAAACCUGCAACAACUUUCUAGCUAGAGGGAGGGUAUUUUCUUGCUCCCCACGUCACCGCGAAUCUCAUAGUGUUUGAAAAAUCACUGUUUUUAACAUGUUUUAACUUUAGAUGAUGUCAUCAGGUAGAACUUUUUCACUUUAAAUUGUUUCCCUAUAAAACAGAAAUGUGCUGUUUUCACAUACAGUGGGGAGAACAAGUAUUUGAUACACUGCCGAUUUUGUAGGUUUUCCUACUUACAAAGCAUGUAGAGGUCUGUAAUUUUGAUCAUAGGUACACUUCAACUGUGAGAGACGGAAUCUAAAACAAAAAUCCAGAAAAUCACAUUGUAUGAUUUUUAAGUAAUUAAUUUGCAUUUUAUUGCAUGACAUAAGUAUUUGAUACAUCAGAAAAGCAGAACUUAAUAUUUGGUACAGAAAACUUUGUUUGCAAUUACAGAGAUCAUACGUUUCCUGUAGGUCUUGACCAGGUUUGCACACACUGCAGCAAGGAUUUUGGCCCACUCCUCCAUACAGACCUGCUCCAGAUCCUUCAGGUUUCGGGGCUGUCGCUGGGCAAUACGGACUUUCAGCUCCCUCCAAAGAUUUUCUAUUGGGUUCAAGUCUGGAGACUGGCUAGGCCACUCCAGGACCUUGAGAUGCUUCUUACGGAGCCACUCCUUAGUUGCCCUGGCUGUGUGUUUCGGGUCGUUGUCAUGCUGGAAGACCCAGCCACGACCCAUCUUCAAUGCUCUUACUGAGGGAAGUAGGUUGUUGGCCAAGAUCUCGCGAUACAUGGCCCCAUCCAUCCUCCCCUCAAUACGGUGCAGUCGUCCUAUCCCCUUUGCAGAAAAGCAUCCCCAAAGAAUGAUGUUUCCACCUCCAUGCUUCACGGUUGGGAUGGUGUUCUUGGGGUUGUACUCAUCCUUCUUCAUCCUCCAAACACGGCGAGUGGAGUUUAGACCAAAAAGCUAUAUUUUUGUCUCAUCAGACCACAUGACCUUCUCCCAUUCCUCUUCUGGAACAUCCAGAUGGUCAUUGGCAAACUUCAGACAGGCCUAGACAUGCGCUGGCUUGAGCAGGGGGACCUUGCGUGCGCUGCAGGAUUUUAAUCCAUGACGGUGUAGUGUGUUACUAAUGGUUUUCUUUGAGACUGUGGUCCCAGCUCUCUUCAGGUAAUUGACCAGGUCCUGCCGUGUAGUUCUGGGCUGAUCCCUCACCUUCCUCAUGAUCAUUGAUGCCCCAUGAGGUGAGAUCUUGCAUGGAGCCCCAGACCGAGGGUGAUUGACCGUCAUCUUGAACUUCUUCCAUUUUCUAAUAAUUGCGCCAACAGUUGUUGCCUUCUCACCAAGCUGCUUGCCUAUGUAGUGUUUAAACAGUUUAUGACUUUGUUGAUGUUUGCAAAUGGUGUGUUAGAAGAAGUCUGUUAGGUGGCCUCCUGGGAUUGGUUUAUGGGAAAACAUCCAUAUUAUGUUACAUAGGGCAUAGGAUAUAAAUACCACGGUUAAAACAAAGGAGAACAGCACAACAUAUUAUUUUGAGUCCGUUGUUCUCCAGAUGCCUGCAGAUGUCUGUCAAUUUACACUGAAAUCUUGUGAUAUAAAUAAACCUUUAUAAUCAAAGUACAGUGUAAGCAGACUCCUUGGUCUCAUAGCAUAAUUAGCAUCAUAUUAUUUAGAUACAACACCUAUUGUCCUGUAGCCCAUCCCAGCCUUGUGCAGGUCUACAAUUGUAUCCCUGAUGUCCUUACACAGCUCUCUGGUCUUGGCCAUUGUGGAGAGGUUGGAGUCUGUUUGAUUGAGUGUGUGGACAGGUGUCUUUUAUACAGGUAACGAGUUCAAACAGGUGCAGUUAAUACAGUUAAUGAGUGGAGAACAGGAGGGCUUCUUAAAGAAAAACUAACAGGUCUGUGAGAGCUGGAAUUCUUACUGGUUGGUAGGUGAUCAAAUACUUAUGUCAUGCAAUAAAAUGCAAAUUAAUUACUUAAAAAUCGUACAAUGUGAUUUUCUGGAUUUUUGUUUUAGAUUCCGUCUCUCACAGUUGAAGUGUACCUAUGAUCAAAAUUACAGACCUCUACAUGCAUAUUGAGCUGCACCCCCCUCUUUUGCCCUCAGAACAGCCUCAAUUCGGGGCAUGGACUCUACACAACGUCGAAAGCGUUCCACAGGGAUGCUGGCCCAUGUUGACUCCAAUGCUUCCGACAGUUGUGUUAAGUUGGCUGGAUGUCUUUGGGUAGUGGACCAUUCUUGAUACACACAGGAAACUGUUGAGCGUGAAAAACCAAGCAGCGUUGCAGUUCUUGACACAAACAGGUGCGCCUGGCACUACAACCAUAACCCGUUCAAAGGCACUUAAAUCUUUUGUCUUUCCCAUUCACCCUCUGAAUUGCACACAUACACAAUCCAUGUCUCAAUUGUCUCAAGGCUUAAAAAUCCUUCUUUAACCUGUCUCCUCCCCUUCAUCUACACUGAUUAAAGUGGAUUUAACAAGUGACAUCAAUAAGGGAACAUAGCUUUCACUGGUCAGUCUGUCAUGGAAAGAGCAGUAUGCUCAGUGUAUGUGAACAAGAAGCAGUCAUAAUAAAUGCAUGCAUUGUUUAGGCUACAGUUAUAAUAAAAAGAUCUUACAAAUGUACCCUGUUUAUAUCCUAUCCUAGUUAGCAGGGAUGGGUGAAGGGAUGCUGAAUAGUAAGGUCCCCGGGAAUGCUUCUUUCUCAUACAUACAGUACCAGUCAAAAGUUUGGACACACCUACUCAUUCAACCCUGGUAGUGUACACUCCCCUAUGUCAUUAUUUAGCGAAGCUAAAACGUUAAAUGUUGCUGAAUAGUCUCUAUACUCCAGCAUUUUGGAUUUGAGAUUACAUGUUUUAUAUGAGGCACCAAUACAGAAUCAGUCACCUUUUAUUUCAGGGUAUUUUCAUAAAUAUAUUUUACUGUUUAGAAAUGAAAGCAUUUUAUGUAUCUAGUCCCCCCAUUUGAAGGUGUCAUAAGUAUUUUGACAAAUUCACUUAUAGUAUAUUACAUUUAGUCAAAAGUUACAGAGGCAUAAAUAUCAUACCCCCCAAAAAAUGCUAACCUCCCCUGUUAUUGGUAAUGAUGAGAGGUUAACAUGUUUUGGGGGCAUGAUCUUUGUGCAUCUGUAACUUUCUCCCCCAUCAUUAUUCACGAUUCAUUCAUGAUUAUCCGUAAUCAUUGUAGCAUCCACAUGAAUGUAGAAGUGUUCAGAAACAUAUUCUAUUCUCAUUUACAAUAAAAAUGACUCCAAAAUGACACAAUAUAUUAUUUACCAUUCAUUUAUAUUGGGCACAACCAAAACAAACUGCAAAUGCAUCCAACAAGUUUGUAGAGUCACAAGCUUGACGUAGUCAUUGUGUGAUAGGAAUAUGGGACCAAGUACUCAACUUUUUACUGAAUUGAAUUCACUAAGGGAAUUGUCCAAAGAUUUAUGACACCUUCAAAUGGGGGGACCAGAUACAUAAAGUGCUUUCAUUUCUAAAACGGUAAAACAGACAUUCUGUAUUGUCACCUCAUAUAAAACAUUUCAUCUCAAAUCCAAAAUGCUGGAGUAUAGAACCAAUUUAAAAUCUUUAACUUCACUAAAUAAAUGUGUACAGAAGUGUAUCUAUUGGACAGUAUAUCUACCGAUGUUGAGGCAAUGACACAUUCAAUCAUUAGGGGUCACUGUUGUGCUUCAAUGGCACUUUUAAUAAAACAGACAUUUUAUCCUCACAACAGCAAUGUCUGGACAGAGAGGGGGAGGGGGACUGAGUGAGGGUUCCGCUGCUGCUAGGCUGGUUGCUCCUGAUAAGUAUGAGGCAAUUGGAUAUAGCAAAUUGGGAAGUGCUAUUGGACACAGUAUUGGGAAGACGAGGGAAGCACUGAACUGUCUCUCCUGUCUUAUCUGGGCUGGCAUCAAUUUAUUUUCGACCUUCUCAUAAAUAAUAACACAGCGCAGAGAACCCUGACCGCAAACGUAUGCUCCCCUCCCCCUCUUAUAUUUACAUGUAAAAUUAAAACAUUCAUUUAAUUCACAAAGUAACAAAGCUAAUUAAUCUGUGUCUUUAGCUGAAAUCACACUCUUCAACCCCAGACGGCUGUCAUCCUCAUCUUUCCUACCCUCCGUUCAUCCUCCCAUACAGUCCAUCAGCUCUACUCGUAACAAUUGACUCACCACACUCAUGAACAAACCCACCCGUACCCUGUGUUCCUACUUCCCCAUAUUUAUAAGUAUUUACAGAAGCAGCAAUCUAAUCUUCCCAUCACAAAAUCUUGAAACCCACCCCUUUCCAUUUACCUCCCUCCCACUUUAGAGAAAGACCCUCCCCAUAGAGAAAAAAAAACUAUGUGUCCCCCAUUCUUACUCCCCCCACUUUCCGGACACUGCCCGCAUCGUACCCUGUCCUAAAAGAGCAUGCCAAGUUUCAACAAUGAACACAGCAAAUGUGGACAUAGACAAGAUUUCAGUAGCGACUAUCUUCUUCUUCUGCUCGAGUUUGGAUUGGUUGGUGCUGACUUGUGUCAGGGUUGCAUUAAGAAAGUCUCAGUGCCAGGGGUGUUAGGAACAGUGAGAGGGCAGUCUUCCAGGGUCUCUGAGGCAGCAGUUGGCCAUGAGGCAGUUUGGGGGGGCUGGGGCAGGGGAUUCUUGUUUCAGAGUCAGAGGUGGCGUGGGCUGGGGUGGCCGUUGUGGUAGAGCUUCUGCUUGAUGUGGACCAUGUUGCCACUGGAGUCCUCCAGCUGUCUGAGCUGGGCGCGUCGACGCAGGUCUCGAAGGUUGCAGAACGAGGGGAGCCAUGA